CUACUCACGCUUCACUAAUACUUACCAAUCAGUUCUUUCAAGAUGAAACAUUCGGCCAUUUUAGUCUUUGUGGGGCUGUGUUGCGUCUGUUAUGGUGGGGCAGUGCCUCAAAAGUACACGACGAAAUACGAUAACGUGGACAUCGACUCGAUUAUAAGGAACGAGAGGCUGCUGAGGAAUUAUAUGGAUUGUAUUAUGGACAGGGGCAGGUGUACCAAGGAGGGAGCCGAGUUAAAAAAAAACAUCCCCGAUGCUUUACAAAACAAUUGCUCAAAAUGUAGCGAGUUCCAAAAGAACGGAACGCGAAAAAUCAUCACUUACAUAGCGAAAAACAAGAAGGAUUGGUUCUUGGAGGUGGAGGCCAAGUACGAUCCCACUCACAUUUUCAGGAAAACUUACCAGGACGAGAUCGACAGAUCCGGAAUUAAAAUAUAGAAUUUUUUCAUGUGCGUAUUAAUAAAUAAAGGCUUUUUCAAUUUAA